CGAUAUUUGUACACAAAACAUUAUAAAAUGAGUGCAAAACGUCAGUCAAAAGUUCGCAGUGAUGUGAUAAAAUAGUUUAAUCAUUGAUUCGUUAAUCACGACAAUGUCGUGGCUGGCGAGAAGGUCAUUAUCACCAGGAUUCAGUUCACCCUCAUUCGGUAAUAUUUGAGUAAACAAUCGUCAUGACCCUUUACUUCGAUAUUCGCGUGCAAAAUCCAGAGACAGCCUCGAUAAACACAAUAGCAACAUGGCACAGCAAUUACCCAUUGCUCGCUGUGGCCGCAUAUUCCCAGGAUCGAGGUGGAUUCGUAACGAUCUACGAUGAUCAAGGUGAGCCCAUACCCGAUGUGGAGUCGUCCGGGCACUCUGUGGCCCAAGUGACGUCCCUCUCGUGGCACCCGGAGAAGAGAUGGCUAGUUGCUGGCUGGGAGAGUGGAGAGAUUAGAAUUUGGCCAGGGGACACAGCAACUGGUGAGUUCAAUCUCACAGUGACACCCCACAAGGAUCCAAUAAGUCUCCUGGAGUGGAGUCAGCAUGGAGGAAGGCUGGUGUCUGCUGACACCAGGGGAUCUGUCGUUGGCUGGAAGAUCGACACGAGAGGACAAUUGUUGAUUGUCUUCCACCACGAGUUGAACGAGACAUUCACCCAGAUCGCUUUUAAAAUCUCACAACCGAAGUCUGGAGUUGAUCUGAGUGACUUGGCUAAGGCUGCUGUUGCUGGGGACGAGAGAGCCCUCGACCUCUUCAGCACCUGGAGACCCAGAACCGCAGCUCCAAGUGCUGUUCACGUGCAGAAGGACAAUCUAACGUUCUACAUUGGCUCCUCCAAUGGAACUAUUUACUACGUCGACGCUCAGGGCCAGUGCAUGGAGGUGUUGAACACUGGGGGAUUGAAUUUACACUGCCUUCUUCAUCAUCCCAGUAGAGAUUCAGUGGUCAUCAUGACUGAGGGGCUGACAAUCGGCCACUUCCAGAGUGAAUCCAUCACUGGAAGGCUCACAGAGCUGUCCAGGGUGAAACUGAGUGGCAAGAGCGACUUCUCGAGGACUGGGCCAGCCCUCUGCUGGGUUGGAGCCAACACUCUGGCCGUUUUAACUGGCGAAUUGAGUGUCAGGUGCUGGGAUUUGUUCACUGGAGACACUUACGUCCUCGCGCCGGCUGAAUCCACCACUGGAAACCUGGCAACUCCUCAGGAGAUCUACACCAGUCUCUCCUUUUGCAAGAGCAACGAGACCCUCGCUGCUGGAACAAACCUGGGUACCAUCUACCUCUGGAGGAAGAAGAACGCCUCCAUAACUGACGAAUACGGCUGGCCAACAGUUCCAAAAUCCUGUUCAGUGCAUGGAACAGUUAAACAACUCACCUGGGGAGGAAAUCUCCUGCGGAAUCCCCUGCUCGCCGUCAACUGCAUCACCAAUGUCUUCAUUCUUCACCAGCAGCCCAUGUGCGCUGUGUACAACGAGGGGACUUGCGCCAGCCAAGUGGCACCCAUGCAGAUCCUCCUUGAAACCGAAAACAGGAAUUGCAUUCUCAAAACCGAUCUCCAGGUGCAGGUGCUCGCCGUCAGCAGGGACUUUGUGGCUGUCUCCUCGUGUCGACAAGUCGCUGUUUACAGGAUCAACAGAGACAGCAAGUUGAAUACAACAGUCGUCGGCUCCUUCAGCUGCGACAACGAGAAAAUUCUUAUUUACGAGAAUACCCUGGUGAUCUUGACGCCAACUGUCGUUCAACUGAGAUCAAUCGAUGGCUCUCUCCUGCAGAGUCUGCCGACACUCCCCGAAGAGGGUGAGCCCAUCACCAUGGAGCUCACAGGGCAGUACCUGACAGUCGCCUCCCUCAAUGGAAUCCUCAAGAUCUGGGACAUUGGGAAGAGAGAGGCCAAGCUGCACACCAGGGCGAUGACUGCUUACGAGGCCAUCAACGACUUCGCCGAGAUCAUCGAGGCUCGCUGCAACUCCGACUGUCGAUGUGUAUCCAUCACUGUGGCCAUGUCCAAUCUCCUCCCCAGUUCGAUCCUCUACAUUUGGGACAUCGAGGGCGACCAGAUCCACGAGUUUGACUUCUCCAAAUUGAACGAGGGUAUUGAGACAGAUGGGACGAGUGCGAGGCCCAGGGGGAGGCUGCCAACGGCCCACUGCUGGGACACCAGUGACCCCAGGGUAUUGAUCUGUCGGGCGCAGAGGAUAGAAUCCAAAGAGUCGAAAAACUCGAGCAAAGGAAACUUCGCGAGUAACGAUGAUACAUCGGUUAUCUUGGUGUCCAUGUUUGCAACGCCAGAUCAUGGUGUGGCUGUUCAGGAUAUUCGACCUGUGAAAGAUGCAAGCACUCGUUUGCUGGGGGUUCAAUCGCCGGAUAUAAUUCUCCUGAGUCCAGAGAUGGCGGCAGGCGAGGGGAGCAAAGUCACGAGAUUAUUAAUGAGGGAGUUUGAGGAGUUGGGACCUUACGAUGAGCCAACGAAGAGAGCUAUUAUGGAUUUUAGUUUUCAUAUUAGUAUGUCGAACAUGGAUGAGGCGUUCAAGUCGAUAAAAUCGAUUAAGAAUGAGGCGGUUUGGAAGAGUUUGGCGAAGAUGUGUGUCAAGACGAAACAGCUGGAUAUGGCUAUGCUUUGUCUGGGGCAUAUGAAGCAUGUGAGGGGGGCCAGGGCCAUCAGAGAGGCCAUGCAGGAUAGCAGUUUGAAUCUCGAGGCGAAAGUCGGCAUUCUUGCGGUGGAACUGGGACUCUAUGCCGACGCUGAGAGACUCUUUCGCGACGCUAAACGACUGGAUUUCCUGGGGAGUCUUCUGGAGGCCUCCAAUAAAUACCCAGAGGCCAUUCUCCUAGCUAGCAGUGAGAAUAAGAUACGGGAGAAAUUGAGUUAUUAUAAUUAUGGAAAGGCACUCGAGCAGGAGGGGAAUGUGGAUAAGGCCAUUGAGAUGUAUUCGAAGGCUGAUUGCCAUCGAUUUGAAGUCCCCAGGAUGCUUCUCAGUCGCCCCAGGGAGUUGCAGGGCUAUUUGUCAAGCUCUGAUGAUCCGGAGGUAAAAAAUUGGCAUGCUCAGUACGUUGAGUCAACAGGUGACAUGGAGGGUGCAUUGCGUCUCUAUGAAACAGCUAAAGAUACAUUAGCGGUAACGCGACUACUCUGUUAUCUUGGCCGUGAGGAGGAAGCCUGUGAACUCGUGAUGAAGACAAAUCAUGCCGCCUCAGCUUAUCAUCUUGCUGCGCAUUAUGAGUCGCUGAAUAUUUUAUCACAGGCUGUUCAUUUCUAUACGACAGCUAAAGCGUAUACCAAUGCCAUUCGCAUUUGCAAGGAGCACAAUAUGACAGAGGACCUGUGGCCGCUGGCAAUGCUAGCCUCCCGACAGACUCAAAUCGACGUGGCCAAAUAUUUCGAGGAGAAUGACCAACCAGAUAAAGCCAUAUUACUCUACCACAAAGCCAACCUUCUCCCAAAAGCUCUUGAUCUGGCAUUCAAUACCCAACAAUACAACGCCCUCCAGUCAAUUACAAUGGACAUUAAUGCAGAGUCAGAUCCCGGUCUUGUGAAAAAAUGCGCUGGUUUUUUCUGUCAAAAUCAUCAGGUGGACAAAGCCGUGGAUCUGCUAGCCACCGGAAAAAAAUACACCGAGGCACUGGAUUUAAUUGAAGAGCACAACAUCAAUCUGACCGAGGAAUUGGCAGAAAAAAUGACGAUAAUGAAGAUCGAGAAUGAUCCAGAGCGUGAAGCCCUGAGGAUAUCAAUUCUCGAGAGAAUUGGAGAGAUAGCAUUUGACCAGGGUAAUUAUCAUCUUGCAACGAAGAAGUUCACUCAGGCGGGAAAUAAAUUGCGAGCUAUGAAAGCAUUAUUAAAAUCCGGUGACACUGAGAAAAUAUGUUUCUUCGCUCAGGUGUCACGUCACAGGGACAUAUACAUAAUGGCUGGUAAUUACCUCCAGUCACUGGACUGGCAGAAUCAGCCUGAUGUGCUGAAGAACAUAAUAAACUUUUACUCGAAGGGAAAAGCCAUGGAUCUACUGGCCAAUUUCUACGUGGCAUGUGCCCAAGUGGAGAUCGAUGAAUUUCAGAAUUACGAUAAAGCACUGGAUGCAUUGAAUCAAGCAGCAAGAUGUCUCGCUAAAGUGACAUCCCCUCGAGAGCCUGAGGUACACAAGCGUGCAAUUGACAUCGUAAACACACGCAUGAGCAUAAUAAAACGCUACUUGGAGCUGAAGAAAUCAUUCGACAGGGGUGAAACCGAGUCUGGUAUGGCACAGGUACGACAGCUUUUGGAUACAUUUGGCGAGGGCUUAGAACAGUCUGUUAGACGUGGAGAUUUGUUUGCAACGAUAACACAGCACUAUGCAGACAGUGGUAAUACCGAGAAAGCUCGUGCUACCAUUGAGGAGCUGAAACGGCUGGUACCAGGAAUUAAUUUGAGUUAUUACUACAAUGUCAACUUGCUCGAGGCACUUGGGUACAGAAUGAGCGUUCAACGAAGAGAAAGUUUGGAUAAAGAUGAUGGGAUUGAGGAACUUUUGGGAGAGUAAUUUUGUGCACCAGUGAGCAUUAGAGAGUGCUUCAUCACUUUAUACAAAUUCCGUCCACUUUUGUGAUUGUUUUUACAUUCUCAUUAUCAGAGAAUUAUUUUUCAAAGAGCAGUUGAGGUAGAGUUUCCAGUGUUACGAGUCACAAUUGUAAUUGAAAUGAGCCACAAAUAUAUGAAAAAAUGUCAAUCAACGUUUUUAUUAAUA